AUGUCCUUCCUCAAAGAGGCUGUUCGCCCAUACCGGGUGACGCCAGCAUGGCGCCUAUAUUCGCGACAAUGCCAGCGGCACUUCCAGCCUCAGAAAAGGCUGUUCAGCCAGAGUCGCGCCGUCUCCUCCACUGCCUCCGCCGAGGAAAUCAACGGCGCGCAUAAAUACUGUGUCGCUCUACUCUCAAAAUACGACCGACCCUCCUACACCCUGAGCACCUUCAUCCCACCCCACGCCAGAUCCUUCUACAUAGCCCUCCGUGCCCUUAACGUCUCACUUUCCUUAAUCCCCGACACAACCUCCUCUCCAACUAUUGGCCUAAUGCGCCUCCAAUUCUGGCGCGACGCCGUAACAAAAGUCUUAGCCGGCUCGCCACCAAAAGAACCCGUCGCCAUCCUCCUCGCCUCCGCCAUCUCCGAGCUGAACGAGCGCACACAAGGCGGAGCGCGGAUAAGCAAGGGCUGGCUGAACCGCCUGAUCAGUGCCAGGGAACAGACGCUCACGAAUGAUCCGUACCCGAAUAUCGCGGCGCUGGAACAAUAUGCCGAGAAUACGUAUUCUACGCUUAUGUAUUUGACGCUGUCAGCAUUGCCGAUGGCUUCUGUUACGGCAGAUCAUAUUGCUUCGCAUAUUGGGAAGGCAGCGGGAAUUGCGACUGUUUUGCGUGGAUUGCCGCUUGUUGCGUUUCCCACGCCGGCGGCGAUGUCGCCUAGUGGGAGCUCAGUUAGCGCUGGGCCUAAGCAGGGAGCUGUUAUGUUGCCUCUGGAUAUCAUGGCACAGGCGGGUGUGAAGGAGGAGGAGGUUUUGCGGCGUGGAGCUGAUGCUGAGGGUCUACGGGACGCUGUUUUCACUGUCGCUACGCGGGCGAGUGAUCAUCUGAUUACUGUCGACCAGAUGUUGAGCAAUCUCCGGGCUGGUAAAGAUGUCGGACACGACUUCGAGCACGAGGGUGAAGAAGGCCAUGAGUAUGAACAUGAUGUGCUAGGUGCGCAGACUCGCGAGUCGCCUGUUGAUGAAAUCAAUCGGGCCUUUGGUGUCUUUAUGCCGGCUGUCUCUACGCGCAUGUGGCUUGAUCGGCUACAGCAGUAUGAUUUCGAUGUCUUUCGUCCGGAGCUGCUUCGGUCAGAUUGGAAAUUCCCUUGGAAGGCCUAUAUGGCUUUCAGUCGGAAGGCUAUUUAA